AUGCAGACCAAGUACCUCAGUAUCCUCGGCGCUACCGCCGCUGCUGCUGCGAGCGUUUCUACUCGUGAUGUCAAGCACGUCGACGUCGUUCACAUCUUCCAGACUCUUCACGUCACAAACCAAGUCCCCAACUUCACUCCCAACAAGCGCAGCAUCAACGCCCUCUUUGCUCGCGACUCGAAUGAUAAAUGCCAAAGCUCAGCUACUUCCAUCCUACGAACCUUUCCCACUCCCACAGGCAGUCUCAGAAACUAUCUCAACGCUGCCGAAACCCCACGCGAUUCCUGCACUCUGGAGGUCCCUUCUUCAAUCUCAUCUGACUUGAUGAGCUACUACACCACCUUGGUCAAUUGGGAGAUGGACAAAGGUGACGAUUUGGUCAAGUUUGUCCAGAAUUGCGCCAGUCAGGAUGAUCUUGACGAGAUCAACAAGGAGCUGGGCGGCUCAGAGUGCUCUGUUCUUGGCACCAUCAUUUUCACUGCUGCUAGCACCACCAAGACUGUCAAUAUCGAGACUGCAUUCCCCAACUAUACUCCCAUCACCCUGCCCACCGCUGUUAACGACGCCGGCUUUGCUCGCGGUAUCAGCAAGUUUGCUGCGGCCGCCGCUGCAGGUGUCGCUGGCUUCAUGAUGGCUGCUUAA